CUCAUUGUUGUCAGGUGCCUUGUGCUUUUGUGAUUCAGGUGGGACGAUGCAAAAAAUAUUGUGAAUGUGUAAUAAGGCGAGGAAAAAUGGUUUAAAUUGAGUUUUCUUUUCCUAGUUUUUGUCGGUUGGAUUUACUUUUUGCACAUUUCACGCAAUUUCUGGUUGCGUUCAGGGUCUAAUGAAGUCCCAUCAUCCUCACCAGCACCAGCAACAGUUGCAACAUCAGUUACAAACCAAACGAGGAUUUAUAGAGACACCUGUGGAGGAAACAGAGCAUUUGCACCGUAAGCAUCUCAUCCACAAAAACGUCUUGAACAAACCUGCUGGCACCGGGAGUUCAAAAGUGACGCAGAAAAUUACACCCUCCUCCGCAGAUCAAAGACCUAAUGUUGAAGGGAGCGUAACAGAGUAUAAAAGACUGCGGACCCCCAAAUUUGGUGCUAGUUCUUCAGGGAAGUCAGAUGUUUCGCGGGACUCCUCUGGAAGAAGCAAACUUAGUGACCAUAAAGGAUCUUGGAUAGCCUCAACCGGUCACCCGAGUGGAAAUAUUUAUCAUCAGUCUCCCUCAGAAUCCACCACUAACACAACAUCGGAUAGUCAAGAACAGGAACGUCAUUACCCACCGGCGGAACUCUCCCAGGGUACUCCCCUGUUUGGUCGGUUAACUGUUGAAUUACUGAAAGGAGACGAAUCAAAUUUAGGAAUUACGGUUGCUGAUGGGGCGGAAAAUCGUGAACCACCAAUGAUUGCCAAUAUUCGACCGGGUAGCGUUGCUGAUCGAAGCGAUUGUUUGCUAGUAGGUGAUCGUCUUAUUGCCGUUGAAAGCUUUCACCGCCGUCACUCGGAACUAGCGGCUCGUACAACAAAGUCGGCAGGCAUGUGGAUUCGCAUCGAAAUUGAAUAUGAGCUUCCCGAUUUACCUUCGUCAUCAAUGAAAGAUCUGGAAGAUCUCCAAAAUCCCGGCCUUCAGAUUCCUCUGAGCGAGAACCAACUCGACAUAGAAUAUGCAGACGACAUUGUUCUCAUUUUGGAGACAAAAAAGAAGCUGACUCAUCUAGUCCUCCGGCAGGUGCUUCACAUUCAUAAAAAGCAGGGUUAUAAUGCAGGACAUACGGUCUAUAAACACAUAUCUAAAAAGGGAGAAGAACUCAAUGAAGAGAAGAUUUUCACUAUUUACUUUCACAGAGACGGUCGAAUUAAGCCUGGCGAUCGGAUCCUGGCCAUCAACAAUGUUCAGGCUGGUCGACUGUCGUGCGAAGAGGCAAUAAAACACAUCGAACUUAGCAAAAAUCGACUAAACCUUGUGGUCGAAUACAAUGUUGCAAAUUUCGCAUCCCUACCUUCCCUGAUGACCAGCAGGCCGGAACUAUGUCGCAGUGAAGAGGUGGAAGUGUGUCUCGAACCGGAUGAAUCGUUAGGUUAUGGGUUUACUCUGUGCGCUGCAGGUCAGGGUUCUCUGCAAGAUUCCCAGCUAAUCCGGUUUCCUGUUGUGGACCGUGUGGAUAUUGGAGGAUCGGCCUACAAGUCUGGUGUCAUACAGGAAGGCGAUCGUGUGAUCACAAUUAACGGUCUCUCGACGCUUAACCGAACUGUGGAAGAAUUGACUAAUGAAUUUCUCACUCCUGAAGCAGCUCAAACCAGAUUAUCUCUCAGGUUAACUUUAGUGACCCAAUACUCUGUUGCAGAUACGGUGGUACCCAGUUCGGGUGUGUUUGAUGUGAAACUCGUCCGCCGUGCUGCUAACCUUGGGAUCAAUCUUCAAGCAUCCAUAAAAAAGCAGGAGGGUCAACCCCUGCUUAUUAGCAAGGUAAUCCCAGGCAGCGUGGCCAGUCGGAGUGGAUCAAUAAAUCCGGGAGAUAUACUACUUGCUGUUAAUGGAGUGUCAUUAUCGUCUUGCACUUUAUCCGAGGCCAUUCGUUUACUCCAGUCCCCAACGGAGGAGAUUGUUACCCUACGAGUGCAAAAGAUCGGUGCUAGUCCACCUAGUCCCAGAUCCGAAAAUCUACUUGUACGUUCCAGUCCAGAUGCGUCGACUCUAUUCACCCGCGCAAUUCGCUAUAGAAGAAGUGAUUCGGUACCGGAAUCCGAACUGACAAAAUCAUUUUCAAUACACUGUCGCGAUUUGAUUCUGAAGCAGAAAUGUGAAAAAGAAUCACACUCGCACGAAAAAGAAUCAGAAGAAUCUAACAUUUCUCAGCGACAAAAGUCCGGAAGAUCAAGAGUCCCCUUUAUAUACCGGGCUGAACAAGUUGGCACAGACCCGUCAACUUCUUCAGGACAAGAUGAAGUUCAGACACCCACAGUCAAAACGGCGACCAGAUCAAGACCUACCUCAUCCUCAAAUGAACAGUCUGUUAAGAAGUCCCUUGAUGAAUGCAGUAAAACCAAAGAACCACAAACAAAUGUUGAUGAAAUAAGGCGGCGAUUAAUAAGCAGUCCAGAAGAUCUAUCACAGGAUGAGGGAAUCAGCAUCGUUCGUGUGGUACUGAAAAGAAAAUCCGCCGACUGUCCUUGGGGAAUAACCAUAUGUGGAACUGACGAGGCCACCAAUGCCCCCGUGUUCGUAGACUCGUUAAAUCCCGGUGACCCUGGAGCAACGAGUGGUUUGCUCUAUCCCGGAGACCGUAUUCUCGCAAUCAAUGGUAGUGCAUUAAAUUCUGGACACACCCUCACCCAAGCAAUGCGCAUGCUGCAACGUUACCCAGACCGAGUUAUUCUACACCUGGCCCGACCCAAUCGUCCACAACAAGUUGGGUCAAACGACGAGAGGAACGGGGCGGCGGAUGUAUCAGCAGAUAGACUUGAACCAAAAAGGGAAACGAAAAGUGACCUUACUAGGAAAAUCUCUCUGAAAAAGGUGGUUGCAAUGAGCAAUUUCAGCCGCUCGUUUGACUCCAUGACAAACAGCGUUGGAUCUGGGACGGCAUUCACUAAAGCAUCUGAGAUUUUACCCACUUCGGUGACAACACCGGGAAUUCCACUUGGACUGGAAGGAACAAGACCAAAAUCAUCGACUUCAGUCAGAGCAGUACCACAGGGUGAUGUAGGAAAAUCCGAAAAUGCGACAACGCGACUUCGAACGUACAGCGGAGCAGAAGCUGGCAUUGCGCCGCAGAGACAAUUUGGUGAAUCUAACGGGCGUUCGAAAAGCCACGAACAUUUCAGAAAACUGGAUGCUCAGAGCAGGCAAAGUGUGGCAAAAUUGAGUCCUAGACCAAGUGCCAAAUCUUCCGGAGUUUGUCACUCGGAAUCUCAGAAUUUUGGCGAAUGGAUGUGUACUGAGCCAGGAGAUGGCCUUUCUUUUGAAAGUGAAACCAAUGAGGAAGAUGGAACUGCCUACGUUUUGGAUCAUCCAGAGUUCUAUCCAGCCUAUACAGAUUACAGUGAAAUAGAUUUAUUCAAUAUCCAGUGUCCUGGGUGUCGGGAAGCCAUAAUAAAUGAACUCCGACAGCAGCGGAUCCAAUCCAGACUUCGCGGUCGGAGACAUGGUGAACAAUUUUCACAUCGCCAUCUAAGGAGGAGACCCCAGUCCCAACAGAGGAGUGCCCCACCCUCGAAUCUCGAUAGCACGUCAGGGCAGUCCCGAAGAUCGGUCGACCUGCAGACCAAACCUUCCGAAGCCACAAACCCGGAUCCGCCAAAAGCAACAUUCUUUUGUCCCGAACAAGAAUUAAACAUCAAAGCGGGUCCGCCAUACUGGUACGCUUCAGAUAUCGUUCCGAUAACACGACAUUCCAAAUCAGACAGCAGAAUUAAUUUGGCAGGAAAUCUGGACGUUGCAACAGAACAGCCAAGUACAACCAUUCCAACCCCAAAACCAGCCAGAAUGAGGCUCAAACCGACAGCUAUCGACGUUCGACUAGCUGAAAAACAAGUGCUUUCUCAGCAUAGGCAUUCAGGUAGCAGGCCGAAGUCUUCUGGUCGUCAGUCCAUUCCUUCCGACCAAUAUGACAGGCAACAUCAGCCGGGGAACUUUGAAGGCACAGGGGCUUUUUUCAACUUAGAAGGCUCAUCUGUCGAACCUCAGUCGACGCAACAUACAGUCAACCUGGAUGAGAGGUUCACAGGGCAGAAAAUCAUCAGAUCCGCUGGCGAACCUUCUGACAACAGUGCCCCGGCGACUUGCAAAAUCCGAACCGAGGAACGUGGCAUUUGGUGCACUUGGAUACGUCUCACCAAGGCUUCACCCAAUGAUUCAUACGGUAUCGGUGUAUCUGAAGGCAUAUCCACGAGAGGUAUAUUCGUCAGUGCGAUUCGUCCCAAUUCCUCUGCAGACAGAUCAGGUCAGCUGCACUUGUAUGACCGAAUUCUGAUGGUAAACGACCGAUUGGUUGAAGGUCUUACAUGCAGCGAGGUCGUGGGUCACAUAAGUCGAUCAGAAAAAUUUUUGGAUCUUCUUGUCCAACGCCGGAUCAGUCGAACGAAGAGAUUUCAUCGACCACGGGCCCAAGCUACCCAGAUCCACAAACCGAACGUUCCUCGGUCGAACACACUCUACACCCCUGGACCUAACGCGGGCACCAGCAUGUCACCGAACCGCGUGGCUCAAACGAACUUGACUGUAAUUUAAAAUGUAGCACGCCUUUUAACUAGAGUUGAACACACAGACCAGCAGUGCCAGUUAGACACAUAUGCAAGAGGAAGAUCCGUCAACGAACGACUCAAUAGUUUCUAUUCGAUUGCGAGGAUACGCACAAUCUUAUUUUCCUAAAACGUAUGAAUUAACCAUGAAUGCAACUUCCGUUCUCCUUAGAUAUCAGUGAGCCUCACAACUAGAUUGAUCAAUUUCAAUUAGCUCUAUUUGUACAUAAAUCCAACUUUUGUUGUAGCUCUUCGUAGAAACUAUUUCUUUCUCUGUUCUUCUUAAUUUCGUUUUGUAACUACCUGAAACGAACGGAGCAAUCAAUAUGAGAGCGCACUCGUACCUUCCGAACUAUGCGUGCCAGCUCAUGUAACUUGUGUGUUCGUACAUGUUAGAGAAACCAGCAAGUUUUAUUCCGAAAGAGGUAGUAGCUGGUUUUCUUUGUAUAUGUGUCACGUUCUGUUUUGUUUUUUCCUACUUUGCUGAUCCCGGAAUGUGCCCAAAACAGGUCGCCAUAGCAAUUGGUAGUUGUGAAUCCCUUUGAAAGGAAUGAUUCGGCUGUGUACAAAAUGGAUUCGCCAGUAACUGGUAUCAGAG